CUAAUCUUUGGUCUUUGCACACGUACGAAAGCUUUUUGCAUUGUUUCGUUGCUUCUGGAUGACUGGAUGAUCAGUACUCCUAGAUAUUAAGCGAUACCGAUCUAGAAUCGAGUUGUUGUACUCUCUCUGUCCCUUUUGUGCAGCUAUAACUAGCUAGGUUCCUUCGCAUAGAGCCUCUCUACAGAGUACAGACUAGCUAGCAGUGUCAGGCACGAAAUGGAAAUGGCUACUUCCAAAUUGCACGAGCUGGAAUUAUAUACUCUUCUGAUCUUCUUCACCGUCUCUUUAUAGCGUGAUAUGCGUUUCUGGCUUCUUGCUUGCGUGAAGGAUUAGUAAGGCGCGUGAUGGCGCUCUCAGCUUGCCCGGCUCAGGAAGAACUGCUGCAGCCUGCUGGGAGGCCGUUGAGGAAGCAGCUUGCUGCAGCCGCGAGGAGCAUCAACUGGAGCUAUUCCCUCUUCUGGUCCAUUUCAAGCACUCAACGACCACGGGUGCUGACGUGGACGGACGGGUUCUACAAUGGCGAGGUGAAGACGCGUAAGAUCUCCCACUCCGUGGAGCUGACAGCCGACCAGCUGCUCAUGCAGAGGAGCGAGCAGCUCCGGGAGCUCUACGAGGCCCUCCAGUCCGGCGAGUGCGACCGCCGCGCGGCGCGGCCGGUGGGCUCGCUGUCGCCGGAGGACCUCGGGGACACCGAGUGGUACUACGUGAUCUGCAUGACCUACGCCUUCCUGCCUGGCCAAGGCUUGCCCGGCAGGAGUUCCGCGAGCAACGAGCAUGUCUGGCUGUGCAACGCGCACCUCGCCGGCAGCAAGGACUUCCCCCGCGCGCUCCUGGCCAAGGUGCCGGAGGACCCGGACUUGAUCAACCGAGCAACCGCAGCCUUUCGGGAGCCGCAAUGUCCGAUAUACUCGGAACAGCCGAGCUCCAACCCGUCAGCAGACGAAACCGGCGAGGCCGCAGACAUAGCUGUGUUCGAGGGCCUCGAUCACAAUGCCAUGGACAUGGAGACCGCAGGCAUAGCUGUGUUCGAGGGCCUCGAUCACAAUGCCAUGGACAUGGAGACGGUGACUGCCGCCGCCGGGAGACACGGAACCGGACAGGAGCUAGGAGAAGCCGACAGCCCGUCAAAUGCAAGCCUGGAGCACAUCACCAAGGGGAUCGACGAGUUCUACAACCUCUGCGAGGAAAUGGACGUGCAGCCGCUAGAGGAUGCCUGGAUAAUGGACGGGUCUAAUUUCGAAGUCCCCUCGUCAGCGCUCCCGGUGGAUGGCUCAAGCGCACCCGCUGAUGGCUCUCGCGCGACCAGUUUCGUGGCUUGGACGAGGUCAUCGCAGUCCUGCUCCGGUGAAGCGGCGGCUGUGCCGGUCAUCGAAGAGCCGCAGAAAUUGCUGAAGAAAGCGGUGGCCGGCGGCGGUGCUUGGGCGAACACGAACUGCGGUGGCGGGGGCACGACGGUAACAGCCCAGGAAAACGGCGCCAAGAACCACGUCAUGUUAGAGCGAAAGCGCCGGGAGAAGCUCAACGAGAUGUUCCUCGUUCUCAAGUCGUUGGUUCCCUCCAUUCACAAGGUGGACAAAGCAUCCAUCCUCGCCGAAACUAUAGCCUACCUAAAGGAGCUUCAACGAAGGGUACAAGAACUGGAAUCCAGGAGGCAAGGUGGCAGUGGGUGUGUCAGCAAGAAAGUCUGUGUGGGCUCCAACUCCAAGAGGAAGAGCCCAGAGUUCGCCGGUGGCGCGAAGGAGCACCCCUGGGUCCUCCCCAUGGACGGUACCAGCAACGUCACCGUCACCGUCUCUGACAGGGACGUGCUCCUGGAGGUGCAAUGCCUGUGGGAGAAGCUCCUGAUGACACGGGUGUUCGACGCCAUCAAGAGCCUCCAUUUGGACGCUCUCUCGGUUCAGGCUUCGGCACUAGAUGGCUUCAUGAGGCUCAAGAUAGGAGCUCAGUUUGCAGGCUCCGGCGCCGUCGUGCCCGGAAUGAUCAGCCAAUCUCUUCGUAAAGCUAUAGGGAAGCGAUGAAAGGGCGCUACAUGUGAAGCUUAAUUAAUGGAAGCAAACUUGUAUUUCUUGUGCAAAAGCUUACUAUAUAUUUCUGCAAAACCUGGUGUGCCUUGUUUUGAUUUUCAGUCGCCAAUUGUGCCCUUGUUUUUAUCAAGUGAUGAUCUACACUAUAUAUAUGGAAUA